CCACGUCCCAAACGAAAGGUCCGCUUCAGAAGUGAGCUUAAUCGAUUGAAAUUGAACACCCUCAACCUCCACCAGCAGAUCUACAGCACAACGCGUUGAAGAUGGGCGCCGACGAAGGGGUAUAUCAUCCGCAGGAUGCCAUUGGUGCCGCCAUUACCGGUACAAUGAUUACGGGUGGCGCCGGAUUGUUCAUGUCUGCAGUUCAGAAUGCUCUCGCCAGAAAGAAUGUUGGCCCAUGGGGAGUCUUCACCAGGAGUGGUUCGACAAUCGCUGUUUUCGCGGCGAUGGGCGGUACAUAUGAAUUCACCAAAUUCGCGGCCGCCAACUUGAGGCAGAAGAACGACAGCUUGAACCCGGCCUUGGGUGGCCUUCUUGCGGGUUCAGUGCUUGGAUUCAAGCAGGGUUCGCUACCGGCUGUUCUGGGUUAUGGAACUAUGGCAGCGGUUCUGCUGGGCGCUUUCGAUUACACAGGAGGCCGAAUUAAAGGCUGGAACAGAGACCCAGAGUCUGAUGAGUUUGAGCGAAAGCAAUACAUGAGGAAGAACAGACGCCGUCCGAUAGAGCAGACGAUUUCUGAAGUUGGAGAGGGCCGAGGAGUAUAUGGACCUGGUUACCUGGACAGGAGGAAGGAGAGGAUCAAGGAGGCAUACGGCAUUGAUGUGCCGGGUGAAUCGUCCUAGAUUUCCUGUUUACUUCGCUUUCUAGACACCGAUUGAACUUUAUGUACUGUACAUAUAUAACAAAUGAUCCGAACCCAACCGGUAACUGGACUUCCAAAAAUAUAUCCCUUUGUUAAACAAUUGCCCGAGGAGAUACUCGUGCUGCCCGAAAGUCUGAAGAGAGACUCCCUUUGAUGCGGAUUGAUAUCGGGACUCCGAUUCAACAGAAUCUCUCUCUUCAGCCCCAUGAAUGAGUAACUGUCUUAUCGAUUGUAGCUCUAACUAAUUGAGCUCCUUUAUUUUAAUCAGACAUAGGUCCUGUAAAUAGAAGUUGUUGUCCAUAGUCCUCCUUUACAUGGCCGGCAAUGAUAGGAGGGUGUAUAGUCUCGUGAAACGUGAAGAUUUGAGGCAGG